CCAUAGGGAUUUUAUUGUUCAUACUGUUAUUAGCAUUCUUACACUUACCAGUUACUCUCGUUUCCCUGCAAAGUGCUUAAGCCAAGUAGAGAAGAGGUUCAAGACAUUAGAGACUAAACAUGGCCUCACAACUUUCUUUAAACGAAGUAGUAAUUGUAUCAGCUGUAAGAACUCCUAUAGGAUCAUUUAAAAAAAGUCUUUCUUCUCUAUCAGCAACAAAAUUGGGGGCUAUCGUCAUCGAAGCAGCUGUUGAAAGAGCCGGCAUACCAAAAACUGAGAUCAAGGAGGUGAUCAUGGGUAAUGUUUGUUCUGCAUAUCUUGGUCAAAAUCCAGCCCGGCAAGCCGCCAUUUUUGGUGGUCUAUCGCAUAGCACAGUUUGUACAACAGUCAACAAAGUCUGUGCCUCCGGAACAAAGGCUGUUAUAUUAGCAGUUCAAGGUCUUCAAACUGGCACUCACGAUAUUAUUCUUGCUGGUGGGAUGGAAUCAAUGUCAAACAUACCUUAUUACAUAAAAAGAGGGGAGAUUCCAUACGGGGGAACUCAAUUAAUAGAUGGUAUUUUAUAUGACGGACUUACUGAUGUUUACCACCAAAUUCAUAUGGGAAAUUGUGCAGAAAUAGUAGCUAGAAAAUUGGAAAUAUCAAGACAACAACAAGAUCAAUACGCAAUAAGCAGCUACAAGAAAAGUGCUCUUGCGUAUGAAACAAAGGCGUUUAAAGAUGAAUUAAUACCGGUUGCAGUACCACAGAAGCAAGGUGGUCCACCAGAAAUAUUCUCAGAAGAUGAAGAGUACAAACGGGUUAACUUUGAUAAGCUUACUAACUUACCAAAUAUAUUUGAAAAGGAAAAUGGCACAGUAACAGCAGGUAACGCUGCAGCGCUGAACGAUGGUGCUGCUGCAUUGGUAUUAAUGACCGUUGAUGCAGUUAAAAGAUUUCAUGUACAGCCAUUAGCUCGUAUAGUUGGAUACGCCGAUGGCGAAUGUGAUCCAGUUGAAUUUCCAAUCGCACCCUCGAUUGCUAUUCCUAAAUUGCUCAAAAACACUAAUGUUCCAAAGGAGGAUGUGGCUUUAUGGGAAAUCAAUGAAGCUUUUAGCGUCGUAGGAAUUGGAAAUCAGAAGCUACUGGAUCUGGAUCCUGCUAAGAUUAAUGUACACGGUGGGGCUGUUAGUUUGGGUCAUCCUAUUGGUAUGUCAGGUGCUCGCAUUGUGGGACACUUAUGUUAUGCUUUAAAGAAAGGCGAAAAAGGUGUUGCAGUUGCAUGUAACGGAGGAGGUGGUGCAUCUGCUAUAAUGAUUGAAAAAUUAUAAUAGCUGAUAGAGAAUCAUACGCUAUAAUUAUCUA